GAAACAAGAGAGGUUUGCUAUUUCACUGAGAAUGUCUAAGUAUUUGCCGGUUGCUAAUUCCACGAGGUCUUUCUGGCUUAGUGCCGAAGAAGAUGAUAUCAAAGGCUACAGGAGUUCUGAAGAACUUCCAAAAGAAAUGGAUACUGUGAUCAUUGGAUCCGGUUAUUCUGGAACUGCUACUGCAUACUACCUGCUAAAGGGAAACCCAUCUAACAAGUCAAUCUUAAUGUUUGAGGCCAGAAACAUUUGUAAUGGAGCUACUUCACGGAACGGCGGGCAUUUGAAGUGUGAUUUGUACUAUGGUUACGAAGGCUUUCUUCGGAAAUACGGUGAGAAAGAUGCUGCUUCUAUUCACAAUUUUGAAUAUGACCAUAUAAGGGCUACAAAAGCUUUAGUUGAAGAAGAGAAAAUCGAUUGCAAUUUUGUUAUCACUCGAGCCUGCGAUAUACACUUUGACAAAUCUGGCAUGGAUAAAGCCAUAAGCGGCUACAAUUCGGUUUCUAAGAACUCUUAUGUGAACUACAUGCACGAUCUACAGAUCAAUUUUGGCGAUGAAGCCAAGACUAUUUCCAAGGUUGAAAAAUCUCCUGUAUGUUUGACCUAUACUACGGGGCAUCUCUGGCCAUACAAAUUGGUUAUAUCUCUCCUCAGAAUAUGCAUUGCUCGUGGCUUGCAGGUUCAAGCCAACACUCCUGUUCUGAAAACAAAAAGAUUGAAUGAUGGUAGAUAUUUGGUGAAAACACCAAGGGGAGACGUCAUCACCAAAAAAUUAAUUGUUGCUACAAACGGAUAUACUGUUUCUGUCGAACCCGGGUUUGAAAACAAAAUCAUUCCAGUCAAGGGUGUAGUUUCGCGUAUUACCUCUGCUGACCCAUCCAAACGUACUCCCCAUUUGACCAACACUUAUGCUCUCAGAUAUUCAAGUGAAGAUUAUGACUAUCUCAUCAACAGGGGUGAUGGGUCAGUUAUUGUCGGCGGCGGAAAACCCGUCUAUGGUGACAACCUCGACUCUUUCUAUAACGUUGUUGAUGAUAGCACCAUUAUUCCAAAGACGAAAGAGUUCUUUACAAAUUACAUGAAGGAGAGAUACUAUACUUGGAAGGACUUUGAUGAAAAACUCGAUUGUAUUUGGAGCGGUAUUUUAGGUCUCACUGACGACACGUUACCCUAUGUGGGAGAGAUGUUAAAAGAAAAAAAUAAGUUUAUAAUUGCUGGUUUCCACGGGCAUGGGAUGCCACGGGUAUUGCUUUGUGCCAAGGCACUGGCAAGGGUGAUUAAUGGGGAGUCAACCUCCUUAGAGGUCCCAAAACCUUUUAAGCUGACCGAAGCCCGGAUGGAAAAUACAGAGAACGAGACCUUCGCUUCACUAAAAACGCCUCGUAAACACAAGCUAUAGUUAUGUACUAACUAUUUCGUAUAUUCGUAAGAUGUCUUUCUCUAAUUGUUCGAAUAACCCAG